GGAAAAACUGAACCAAAACAACUCAUUCAAUUCUUAUUUAAUAAAUUAUUAACCUCUGUUCUUGUUAGUGUUUUGGAAAUUGAAUUUAUUAUUUGCAAUUCUGUGAAUAUUUACAGUAUGUGUACAGAAAAUCAGAAGCCGGUCUUUAGGGACCUCACUGCUGAGGACCCAGACCCUGAAGUUACCGAAAUCGAAUCAUUUUGUGUUAACUGCCAUGCCAAUGGUCUAACGAGACUGCUGCUCACAAGAAUACCAUACUACAAGAAUGUCGUCCUCAUGUCCUUCAGCUGCGAGGAGUGUGGCUACGAGAACAAUGAGAUACAGCCUGGAGGGGCGUACGCUGAGACGGGGGUGAGAUGGAAGCUGAGAGUGGUGGACCACAGAGAUCUGAACCGUCAAGUUGUGAAGAGUGACUACACCAGUGUGAAGAUCCCCGAGCUGGACUUUGAAGUGCCAGCGCAGAGCCAAAAAGGAGAUGUCACCACAGUGGAAGGUAUAAUAACCAGAGCUGAGACCGCCCUCACUCAGGACCAAGAGGCGAGGAGACUAGAUCAUCCGGAGGCAGCAGCACAAAUAGAUGACUUUGUGGAGAGUCUUCAAGAGCUGAGAAGAUUGGACAAGCCGUGGACUCUAGAACUUGAGGAUAUUAGUGGUAAUUGUUUUGUGGAGAAUCCUGAGGUGCCUCGUAAGGACCCUAACUGCGAGAGAACAGACUUCAUACGCUCGGAAGAGGAGAAUCACAUCCUGGGCAUCUUCGCACCAGAUGAGGUGUCAGACGAGGCAGCAAAGCCGACUGUACCCGACGUACUAUUGUCCCCCGCGGACCCCGCGCAGUGUACGUACGAAAGUCUGGCCGCGGACGAGAUACUGCAGUUCCGCACCAACUGUCCGGAGUGCAACGCGCCCGCCGACACCAACAUGAAGAUUACCAACAUUCCACAUUUCAAGGAGGUGGUGAUAAUGGCGACCAACUGUGAUGCAUGCGGACACCGCACCAACGAAGUGAAGUCUGGUGGUGGUGUGGAAGACAAGGGUGUCAGGUUCGAGGUCCGAGUCGCUGGUAGACACGACUUCUCCCGGGAUAUACUCAAGGCGGAGACGUGUUCUAUGGAGAUACCGGAGCUGGAGGUGUCUGUGGGCGGGCGCGCGCUGGGAGGACGGUUCACCACCGCCGAGGGACUGCUGCGGGCCACCGCGCACCAGCUGGCCACCGCGCCCGCCGCCACCGGGGACGCGCCCUCCCGGGCCGCGCCCGGCCUCCACCGAUUCAUAGACAAGCUGUAUGAGGUAUUGGACGGGAAGCGUUCAGUUACUAUAGUGUUGGAUGAUCCAGCUGGGAACUCAUAUGUGCAGAGCCUGAGCGAUGACCCCAACACACUUGAUGAUGGUAUAAAAAUAAGUCGAUACGACCGAUCCUUCGAGCAAAACGAGGAGUUGGGACUCAACGAUAUGAAGACCGAAGGAUACCAAGGCAGCUAAGUUAUUUUAUACCUAAAAUAUAAUAUA